AUGGACGCAAUUAGGGUUCGCGACAGUGAUCUCGCGAACAAGCCGAGCUCGUCGACGUCGCAAUCCCCGCUCUCGGUGACGACCUCCACCUCGAGGAACGAGACCAUCAAUGGCUCCCACGAGUUCGAUAUCAGUGGCUACUCGCUGUCGAAAGGGAUGGGCGUCGGCAAGUACAUAGCUUCCGAGACGUUCUUCGUCGGGGGCUACGCUUGGGCGAUCUACUUUUAUCCCGACGGGAAGAGCCCCGAGGAUAACGGGAAUUACGUGUCUUUGUUCAUUGCGCUGGCCAGCGAGGGGACGGAUGUCAGGGCGUUGUUCGAGCUGACGCUUAUGGAUCAGAGUGGGAAAGCGCGGCAUAAGGUUCAUAGCCAUUUUGGGAGGAACCUGGAGACGGGUCCUUAUACCCUUAAAUACAGAGGGAGUAUGUGGGGUUAUAAGCGGUUUUUCAAACGAACUCAACUGGAGACUUCAGAUUACCUAAAGGACGAUAAACUUGUAAUCCGUUGCUGUGUUGGUGUUGUUAAGUCGCAGACAGAGGGACCUAGGACUUAUUCAAUUCCUGUGCCACCUUCUGAUAUUGGUCUUCAGUUUGGAAUGCUCUUGGAAAGUGGGAAGGGGUCUGAUGUAAAUUUUGAAGUUGAUGGAGAAAUUUUUUCUGCACACAAGCUGGUUCUUGCUGCACGCUCUCCAGUAUUUAGGGCACAGCUGUUUGGUCCAAUGAAGGACCAAAACACUACGUCCUUGAAAGUUGAAGAUGUAGAACUCCCUGUUUUUAAGGCUCUACUGCACUUCAUCUACUGGGAUGCCCUACCUGACCUGGAAGACCUUGUUGGUACAGUGAACCCCAAAUGGGCUGCCACAUUAAUGGCACAGCAUCUACUUGCAGCAGCUGACCGUUAUGCACUAGAGAGACUCAGAUUGCUCUGUGAAGCAAAACUAUGUGAGGAUGUUGCUAUAAAUACAGUUGCAACAACACUGGCCUUGGCCGAGCAGCAUCAGUGUCUCCAAUUAAAAGCUGUCUGCCUCAAAUUCAUUGCAAUGCCGGAAAAUCUGAAAGCUGUCAUGCAAACUGAUGGAUUCGAGUACCUGAAGCAAAGUUGCCCUACUGUCAUCACGGAACUGUUGCAGUAUGUUGCCAGAGUUGGUGAGCAUUCUUCAGCUGCUGCUUCUGUUCUUGGGAUUGAAAGCUUAGACGGCGACAUGAACGGUAGAAGGGUGAAGCAAAGGAUCCACUGA